GUCGCCCCCUCCUCUCCUUCACUAGGGGAGACAGGACCAGCCUACUGGACUGUGAAGUGUGAAAAGAUAAGGUUGAGAGGUGCCAGCUCUUCUUUACCCCCCACCCCCCCGUGCCUACCAGGCUGAUGGUUUAGCCCAGAUUUAUUUAAACCCCAGGCAGAGGCAAGUCAACUCUACAAGUCAGCAGUGGGUGGCGAGGAAGUGGCACACGAGGGAUAUCAGGGUGAAGGACCCUCUCAGGUGGACUCUUCUUAUCCUAGACCAUGUCCAGCCUCAUCUCAUACACCCAGAUUCUGGACAUCUUCUUAACAACAAGACCUCUCUGUUCCAUGCCUUCACCAACUAUCUAGAUAUCUCCACCAAGUCCAUCCACAACUCUCACCAUGAUGAAUGGGACUGUGUUCAACCACACUCUCCUGGAGCAAGCCUCGUACAACAACACCACCAGCCAGGAUCUUGGCUCCCUUAUGGGAUGUUGCAACCAGACGGUCAUCACCAACGAUGGAGGGUCCCUCAUCCUCAUUCCCGACGAGAGGAGCCUGUUCAUCACCCGGGUGGUGCAGAUAGCUGUCCUGUGUGUCCUCUCCAUCACCGUCCUCUUUGGGAUCUUUUUCUUGGGGUGCAACCUGCUCAUCAAGUCGGAGAGCAUGAUCAACUUCUUAGUGAAGGACAGGAGACCUUCUAAAGAUGUUGGGGCUGUGAUCUUGGGUCUCUACUGAAGAUAUAUGGGCAGAUAACAGAUACCAGCAUGUGAAUAAAAGAACUACUUUUGGAUUCUGGAAUGCCGCAGAGAACCUUUAAAGACGAUGCAUUGCAUGCAGUUUUAUUUCUAUAUGGGUGGGUGUGCAUGGGGUGUGCCAAAAUAACCUCCACCAUCUAAAGAACUUAAAUCCUUAAAGCUGCUUUGCCUUUACCCUCGGAUGCAUUGCUAGGAGACCAACGAGGUGCCGGCAUCAAUUAGAGGUUCUCCUGGUGUUCUCUAAUGACAUGGAGGGUGGGAUUCUUCUGGAGACGGGUCCAGGUUGCAUGCUUGUGCAUUCUGAAUGUUAUUUCAUACCUCAAAGAAACUGACAGUUGUUGUUUUUUUUUAUAACUGGCGCCUUUUCAUGUGAAAGAAUUAACCCCCUCUGUGCUACCAAAAGGGGUAUGACAUGUGACGUGAGUGUUUUUUCUAAUUAACCGUGACGGGUGUGUUUAUUGCCAAAGUGAGAUUUGCACUAUUAUUACUACUAUUACUAUUAUUACUAUUAUUAUCACGAGCAUGAUUUGUACACCGUUUUCUCAAACCGAAAGCAGUUUUCUAUGUUGCGAUUUUUCUGCAGCAGAAAUAUCCGUGUCUGGGUGAGUUUUGUUGCAUUUUAAUGCACCGGUGAUUCCAAUAAAAAAAAAAAAGAUGUA